UCCAGACUGUGGGGGGGGCGGGGGAAAUCUGUGUGUUGUACAGUUUAAUUAGGUCGACCUAACACCUACACCCCUGCCACAGCUAGGUUCUCACAUUUUUUCCACUGACGAGCUACUACCUCUUGGAGGGAUGGACAUCAAUUCCACUUUGGUAGGAAACUACCAUGUAGCACUGUAGUAUAAGCCAUACCUUUAUUUCCUCAUGUGCCUGACUGCCUCUUCUCCCACUGGCCCAGCCUCAUUGCUUGGCUAUGAAUCAUGCUUGAUGCAUCAGCUGUCCAGACAUCCUGUCAGAUUUGUGACCUCCCUCAAGGCCCCAACUUUAAUUCUUUUCUCCUGUGGAGCUGGCUUUUUUCAUGGAUCGCUGCAGCUGUCAGUUAUAGGCUGAUGUGGCAUAAAGAAAAGCUCUAACUAUGAUAGGGGCUGAGUAAGAGAAACAUGCAUUCUCGCCAAAAUUUUGGCCUGGACAUCUCACAAUGGCAAGUCCUUCAAUAGAUGCUUCUGAUGUCUUCCUUUUUUUAUUUAUUUCCAGUGGCAGUGGAAAUAUGACCAGGUUUUCUGAAUGGAUCUUAUUUCCAGUCCUCAGCAAAUCUGGGAUGUUUAGAAGCGCACACAAGAAAACAAAAACCAAAUUGAGCUGGUUCUGUUAGCAUCAGUUCUAAGUGGACAGGUGUUCCCAUUACAAACCACCUCCACUCUCUAGUUCACUCUCUAGUGCUGAAGUGGCUGUUGGCAAACUGGUUCAUGCAGACUUAAUCCCCUUCUUGUGUCCGGUUCAGUGCUGAUGAACCUCACAGGAUCAGAGUUUUCCUGCACCAUGCCUUGGUGCUUCUGCUGCUGUCGGAAGUGCCCCUGCUUCCUUUCGGAGGACGAUAAAGCUGCUAUCAUGUUAAAUAAAGAAAUCAGCAAAAUACUAAGAGACCAGAAAAUGCAAGACAAGAAGGAGUUAAAGUUACUUCUACUAGGCGCUGGGGAAAGUGGGAAGAGCACAUUCAUCAAACAGAUGCGGCUAAUCCACGGGGCAGGCUAUUCAGAAGAGGAUCGCAAAGGCUUUGCCACACUGGUGUAUCAGAAUGUCUUCGCUUCCAUACAGGCCAUAAUCCGAGCCAUGGAGACUCUGCAGAUCCCUUAUGCUCAGCCAGAGAAUGUGGAGAACGCCAGGCUGGUCAUGGGGGUGAAUGUCUCGAACGUGGUGACCUUUAGCAGGCCCUAUUCAAACGCCAUUGAAAGCCUGUGGAGGGACGCGGGGACCAGGACCUGCUACGAGAGGCGGCGGGAGUAUCACUUACUGGACUCUGCCCUUUACUUUCUGUCCAGCCUGGAGCGUAUUGCAGAGGACUGUUACAUCCCCACGACUCAGGAUGUCCUGAGGAGCCGCAUGCCGACGACCGGCAUCAGUGAAUACUGCUUCUCGAUGCAGGAGAUGAUCUUAAGGUGAAGCUCCUGCAAAGCAGUCAAACCUGCAUGGGGAUCGUGGAUGUGGUUAGAAAAUGUCAUUGCCUUGAUCUACCUGGCUUCCCUCAGCGAGUACGACCAGUACCUGGUGGAGAACAGCGAGGAGAAUCGGAUGAGGGAGAGCCUGGCCCUGUUCAGAACCAUUCUGGAGCUGCCCUGGUUCCAGAACGUCUCUGUGAUCCUCUUCCUAAACAAAACCGACCUCCUGGAGGACAAGAUCGCUGACUCGGACCUUGCCACUUACUUCCCUAGCUUCUCAGGACCCAAGCGAGAUGCAGAGGCAGCAAAGAAGUUCAUUCUGGAGAUGUACCUGGACACAUACAAGCAAUGCUCUGCUGUCUAUCACGACUCAGGACGAAGAUCCUCCAAGGUGGCCUCCAAAUUCAGGUGCCUUUAUCGACACUACACCUGUGCCACGGACACUCAAAACAUCCGCAAGGUCUUCAUGGACGUCAGGGAUGUAGUCUUGGCUGGCUAUUUGGAAGACAUCAACCUGCUGUGAUGGGAAAGGGCUUCGGCCAGGUCCAUGCUGUGGUGCUUGGCUUUGCCGGUGAGCAAGGGGAAGAAUCAGCUGGGUGUUGGAACAGUGCACUUUGGCUGCAGCUGCUGCUGUUGGUAAUAAGAACGGCUGUACCGGGUCAGACCAAAGGUCCAUCAGGCCCAGUAUCCUGUCUGC